AUGAUCCUGGAGCUGUGUAUUAAUUAUUAUUUGUCCUUUUCUUCAAGUAGUGAGCUCUCUGGAGACAAGUUCACCUGUUCAAUAUGCUUGGAUGUAUUGUCCAACCCGGUCUCAAUUCCGUGUGGGCACAGGUUCUGUAUUGGGUGUAUUGGUAAAUGCUGGAUUCAGAGCAACACCUCCCACUGCCCUCUGUGCAGGAAGAUGUUUAAGAGAAGAUGGUCUGAUCUGAGCUUUAACAGAACCUUCGCGGAGAUCAUUGACAAGUUCAGGAAGAGCUGCCCUGAAGGUAGCUAUGCUGAUCCUGGGAAUGUGCCUUGUGAUAGCUGCACUGAGAGAAAGCGCAAGGCUGUGAAAUCCUGCAGGGAGUGCUGGGCCUCCUACUGUGAGACACACAUCAAGCCUCACCAUGCUGACGCGGCUUUCAAGGGCCACAAUCUGGUUGAUCCACGGAGGAGCCCUCAGGAUAACCUGCUCAGACAGUAUGAGAGGCUGCUGGCUCUGCUGCGCACCUCCACAAAACACCUGGACCACAGCUCACAAGAGACGCAGAAGCAGCUGAUGGAGGUGCAGACCGAAAUUACAAUUCAAAUCCAGGUGAGAAUGAAUAAGCUGACGGAGCUGAAGCAAGACGUGGAGUUACUCAGAAGCUCCGCACAGAAGGAACUCGAGGAAGGUGAGAAGAUCAUUAACGAGCUGAGCCACAGCAUGGAGAAGAUCCGCACAGAGCUGAUAGAGCAGAUUGAGGUUAAAGAGAAGAGUGCGCUGGACAAGGCUGACAGACACAUGAAGCUGCUGGAGCAGGACAUCUCGGAGCUCCAGGACAGAAAGGCCUGUCUCCAAGAGCUUUCAAUGACAGGGGAUUACAGCCCCUUCCUAGAGAACCCCCAGUCUCACUGCUCCUCUCUAAAGUCUAGUGAUGUCUCCAGCAUGACUGUUGAUACAGAUUUCGCUUGUCUGGCUGUGAGCAAAGCAGUCUCUGAACUUAAAAAUCAUCUGCAAGACUUCUCUGAGGUGACUCUGGACCGAGAUACAGCAAGCCGAUAUCUCAUCCUAUCCAAGGAUGGGAAACAAGUGAGAUACGGAGAUGCCUGGCAGAAUCUCCCUGACAAACCAAAGAGAUUUGAUAUCUCUCACUCUGUGCUGGGCAGAGAGGGAUUCACCUCAGGGAGACACUACUGGGAGGUGGAAGUGGGGUACGGAAGGCACUGGAGAUUAGGUGUCACCAGAGAGACUGCCCCGAGGAAAGGGAAAUUCACCAUGAACCCUAAAGGGGGCUACUGGGCUUUGGAGUUGUUAGAAGAAGAUCAGUUCAGUGCUCUGGCUGACCCCACAACCCCCAUCCCUCUGAUCCUGAAGCCCAGGAAGGUGGGGGUGUUUCUGGAUUAUGAGGAAGGGCAGGUCUCCUUUUUCAAUGUGGAGACCAGGUCUCAUAUCUGCACUUUCACUGACUCCUUCACUGAGAGGCUCUAUCCAUUCUUUUGCACUUGGGACACGAGGACAGAGCUUAUAAUUCUCCCAUGUCAGAGCAUGAGAUUUAGACACAUUUCUGUCUCAUCCUAG